UCCCUUUCGGCACAGAAAAGGCUAGAAGGAAAGAAGGAAAAGGAGGAGGCAGAGGAGGAGAGACUUCUGCAGCGGAGGCUGUCCUUGGACUCAACAGCUUUCCAAGAGAGAGAGAGAGAGAGAGGUCCCUUUUCGCAGCAGAGCAUGGAAGGCUCCUUUGUCCAGCACAGCGUGCGAGUCCUGCAGGAGCUCAACAAGCAGCGGGAGACCGGGCAGUACUGCGAUGCCACCCUGGCAGUGGGCAGCCGGGUCUUCAAGGCCCACUGGAGCGUGCUGGCCUGCUGCAGCUCCUUCUUCCAGAGCCUGUAUGACGGCGCUUCCAGCAAAAUCAUCCUCCCAGAGACCUUUCUGGAGAUCUUUGCGCUCCUCCUCGACUUCUUCUACACGGGGCACUUGGACGUCACCCCAGAGAACUCAGAGAAGCUCCUGGAGGCCGCCAGGGAACUCUGCAUCCCCGAGGCGGUUCAGCUGUGCCAGGAGUUCAAGCCUGCGUGCUUGGACGACAGCGGUCAGGACCGCCAGGAGAACGAAGGCAGUGUCUGUGCCGCAGUUGUGGCGGAUGCCCACGGAGAGCUGGCUCCCGAUGCUGCCGCACCCCCCGCUGACCCGGUCCCGGAACGCAGCCGGAGCCCCUGCCUCCAAGGGAGCCCCGAAGCCCAGGGCCAAGGGGAGAGCCCCCGCCUCCUCCGGGGAAGGCUGGGAAGGGCUCCCAAAACAAACGCACUGAGCAAUGCAGGUGAAGUAAAGGGCACCCCGGAGUGUCAGGAACUAAAAAGGCCAUUGAAAAGAGAAGUCGCCGAGGACCUGGGCGCCAGUCACGAGGAAAUGCAGGAGGUUCCUGGUUCAAAUGGCAUCCCUGCUGAAGAGGAGGGGGCUGGAAGAGGGAAGAAAGAAACUGAUGAGGAUUACGUCCCUGGGAGGAAGAGCAUCAGGACCAAAAGGAGGACUCCCUUAGCCAGGAAGCCCACUGCUAGCUCCAAGGCAGCAGGAAACAGCGACACACUGGAAGCCGGGCUGCUGAGAAACCGCAGGGGCACCACUGACCCUGUCGAGUGCCCCACCUGCCACAAGUCAUUUCUUAGCAAAUACUAUCUCAAAGUGCAUAACAGAAAACACACCGGCGAGAAGCCCUUUGAGUGCUCCAAGUGCGGGAAGUGCUACUUUCGGAAGGAGAACUUGCUGGAGCAUGAGGCCAGGAACUGCAUGAACCGCUCAGAGCAGGUUUUCCCCUGCUCUGUUUGCCAAGAGGUGUUUAAGAAGCGGGUGGAGCUGCGGCUGCACAUGGUCACCCACACGGGAGAAAUGCCUUACAAGUGCUCUUCUUGUGCCCAGCAAUUCAUGCAGAAGAAGGAUCUACAGAGCCACUUGAUAAAACACCACGGAGCCCCUAAGCCCCACGCGUGCUCUGCGUGCUCCAAGUGUUUUCUCUCCCGGAUGGAGCUCUACCUCCAUGAGGCCUUCAAGCACCGUGGAGAAAAGCUCUUUGUCUGCGAGGAAUGCGGCCACCGGGCCUCCAGCCGCAAUGGCUUGCAGAUGCAUGUCAAAGCCAAGCACAGGAACGAGCGGCCCUAUGUGUGUGAGUUCUGCCAGCACGCCUUCACCCAGAAGGCCAAUCUGAACAUGCACCUCCGGACCCACACUGGGGAGAAGCCCUUCCAGUGCCACCUCUGUGGCAAGACCUUCCGCACCCAAGCAAGCCUGGAUAAGCACAACCGGACCCACACAGGUGAGCGGCCCUUUAGCUGCGAGUUCUGCGAACAGAGGUUCACCGAGAGGGGCCCGCUCCUGCGGCACGUGGCCAGCCGGCACCAGGAAGGCAGGCCCCACUAUUGCCAGAUCUGCGGGAAAACCUUCAAAGCGGUGGAGCAGCUGCGCGUUCAUGUCCGGAGGCACAAGGGAGUGAGGAAGUUUGAGUGUACGGAAUGUGGCUACAAAUUCACACGGCAGGCCCACCUGCGGCGCCACAUGGAGAUCCACGACCGGGUGGAAAACUACAACCCCCGCCAGAGGAAGCUGCGCAACCUGAUCAUCGAGGACGAGAAGGCUGUGGGGGCGGCUUUGCAGCCCCUCCAGGCACUGGGGGAAGAGGAGGAAGAGGAAAUGGUGGGCUCCGCGGAGGUUAUUGUGGAGUCACUUGCCCAAGACUCCCUCAGUCAGGAGCUCCCCCAACAGAGACUCUGCCCCAAUGAGGGUUUGGCCCCUCCGGAGGUCAUCAUUACCAUCCCAGAGGACUGAGUGAUAUGGCACUUGUCCUCUGUCAAAAGCCCCCUUCCCCAAUAAAAAAAAAAGAAAAACCAAGAGCUUUCCAGGUUGUUG